UGCCAUUGCUAGGCACCUAUUGCUAAGCAGCCAUGCCUGGUGAUCACAAACGCAUUCGAGGUCCAGAGGACUCGCAGCCGCCCAUCCUUUACGCGCCUCCGGAGCAAAUCGUCGAGGCCCAGGUUCGAGAUUUCAUCCCGAACCGGGACCCCCGGCGCCAGCGGCCUGUGUACGUCAGGGCAGGUCAGACCAGCCAGGCUACUGGCUCUUCUUACUUAGAAUCAGGAGAUACUAAGAUAGUUGCUUCUGUGUACGGUCCACGCCAAGUGGAAGGGGGGGAGCCGCUGACCGGCCUCCAAGGGCGCCUGAUAUGCGACUUCCGCCGGGCACCUUUCUCGGGGAGGGGCAAAAGGAGAGCUCCUUCCAGCAACAACAGGGAGGAGAAGGAAAUGAGCCUGGCACUUCAGGAAGCUCUCAUGCCAGCAGUUCAGUUGCUGCGCUACCCCCGUGCCCAGCUCGAAGUUUACGUUUUGGUUCUCGAGGAUGGUGGCGCAAUUUUAGCAUCUGGUAUCAUUGCCGCUUCCUUGGCCUUGGCAGACGCCGGCAUAGAGAUGUUCGACCUGGUGUCGGCGUGCAGCCUAGUUCUCUCCGGAGACGCCGAUCCCGUUUGGCUCUUGGAUCCCGUUCUAUACGAGGAGCAGCAGGCCUCCGGUGGCCUUACCGUGGCCCUUAUGCCCGUGCGCAACGAAGUGUCAGGCCUACUGGGCAGUUCGGAAGGCUGCAGCGCCGAGCUCUGGGCGGAAGGGGUGCGCCUCGGUAUGGAAGGCUGUCAGCGCCUCUACACGACCCUGCACAAGUGCCUAGUGAGGUCCACCCGGAGAAGAAGACAAGAAGUCCAGAUCCAGGCUCAAGCCCGGAGAGUAGCAGAGAGGGAUUUAGCUGCCCAGGAUCUCCCACCAACUCUACCACUUCCACCUGUUCCUCACUCUCCCGAUGAGGCCUCCGAAUAAUCGGCCAGGUCCGGGUGCCCACCACUCAGCAACAGCGCCUCUCCCCAUCCCCCAGCUGCGGCACUCCAUGCAGACGCGACUCUCCACGAGGGGAGUCCAAACUUUCCUUUCCGUCCUUCCUCCGCCCCCCACGGUUUGAUCCUUUGGAAAGCAGAUGCCAGAGCCCAGUCCAUCGCCCUCAAGCCCACUGGAACCGUCUCGCCUCCUGGAAACGGGAAAGCUGGCUCCCCACAUCCUCUCCGCCCACUUCUCCCUCGGGAAAGCCGGAACACCUUCCACUUGCAGUGUGGUUCUCCAGAGACCCAGAGGACGGCACCGAGAGGAAAGGUGGAGGGAGACAGACGGAACCUGCUACGACAUCCACAUGAGGAGGGCCUCUUCCCAACUGCUACCCCACCCCCAUCCACCCCCUUCCCCCCACCCUCAGUUCAUUCUCUGAUACGUAUUUUCAAAACAUUAAUAAACAUAAAAGAGUUCUAGAAAA